AUGUCGUUUUUGUUGCUGACUUUCAUGGCUUCAACUUCAUUUGCUUCGCCUGAAAGACAAACAUACGUAGUCCACAUGGACAAGACCAAGAUCAUGACUUUAGACAAUUCUCUUGUCUAUGAAACCGCCAUUUCUGGUUUUGCAGCAAAACUCUCCUUGAAACAGCUCGAAUCAUUGAAAAAAGUUGAGGGCUUCCUCUCAGCUAUCCCUGACGAAAUGCUGAGCCUCCACACCACUCACUCACCUCAGUUUCUAGGCCUUAAGAAUGGCAAAGGACUCUGGAAUGCUGUAAACAUGGCCUCUGAUGUGAUUAUUGGCAUUGUUGAUAGUGGAAUAUGGCCAGAGCACACGAGUUUCCAGGACUCUACCAUUUCCCCAGCGCCUUCCCGUUGGAAGGGCACUUGUGAGGUUGGCACAAAGUUCACAAUUUCAAACUGUAACAAGAAGCUAAUUGGUGCAAGAGCCUUUUACAAAGGGUAUGAGGCCAGUGCUGGAAGGAUCGAUGAAACAGUGGACUAUCGAUCACCUCGAGACUCAAAGGGGCAUGGAACACACACUGCUUCAACUGCAGCAGGUAAUCUGGUCACUGGAGCUAGCUUUCAAGGUCUUGCCAAAGGCUCAGCUGGUGGCAUGAAGUAUACAGCAAGAAUUGCAGCCUAUAAAGUUUGCUAUGCAUUGGGUUGUUCAAGCUCUGAUAUAUUAGCUGCCAUAGACCAAGCUGUCAGUGAUGGGGUUGAUGUUUUGUCCCUCUCUUUAGGAGGUGCUCCGAAGCCUUAUUAUAACGAUAGCAUGGCUAUCGCCUCAUUUAGUGCAGUCCAAAAUGGGGUUUUUGUUUCAUGUUCAGCAGGAAAUUUUGGGCCAUCUAGUUCAACUGUUACUAAUGGUGCCCCAUGGAUCAUGACCGUGGCUGCGAGCUACCUUGAUCGUAGCUUCCCAACCUUGGUUAAACUUGGUGACUCACGGAUAUUUAAAGGGGCAUCUCUAUAUUCGGGCAAACCUACUAAGCAACUGCCACUUGUUUCUGGUGAAACUGCAGGUGGCGAAGGUGCUAAGUAUUGCACUGAUGGCUCACUCUCUUCAAAGCAUGUCAAAGGGAAGAUUGUAGUGUGUGAAAGAGGAAUAAAUAGCAGAGUGGAGGAGGGAGAGCAAGUGAAAAUGGCUGGUGGGGCUGGAAUGAUAUUAGUGAACCAAGAAGAUCAAGGUGGCGAAGGUGCUGAGUAUUGCACUGAUGGCUCACUCUCUUCAAAGCAUGUCAAAGGGAAGAUUGUAGUGUGUGAAAGAGGAAUAAAUAGCAGAGUGGAGGAGGGAGAGCAAGUGAAAAUGGCUGGUGGGGCUGGAAUGAUAUUAGUGAACCAAGAAGAUCAAGGUGAAGAGCUUUUUGCUGAUCCACACAUUUUGCCAGCAACUUCUUUAGGUGCUUCAGCUGGUGUUACAAUCAAAAAUUAUAUAAGCUCAGUGAAGAAACCAACAGCUUCUAUAGUUUUUGAAGGAACAGUGUAUGGAGAUCGUGCACCAAUAAUGGCAGCAUUUUCAUCGAGGGGGCCUAGUGUAAUUGGACCGGAUGUGAUCAAACCUGAUGUGACUGCACCUGGAGUGAAUAUUUUAGCUGCCUGGCCUCCAAAUGUCAAUCGAACACUGCUUAAGAGCGAUAAUAUAAGUGUUUUAUUCAAAAUAAUCUCUGGCACAUCAAUGUCCUGCCCUCAUGUUAGCGGCUUAGCUGCACUUCUGAGGUCUGUCCACAAGGAUUGGUCACCGGCAGCUAUCAAGUCGGCCUUAAUGACAAGUGCUUAUACUCUUGACAACAAAAAGACUCCAAUUGCUGAUGCUGUUUCUGGUAGUUCAAAAUUUGCUACCCCCUUUGCAUUUGGUUCGGGUCAUGUUGAUCCCAAGAGGGCUUCUGAUCCAGGGCUAAUUCAUGACACAACCACUGAGGACUACCUGAAUUUUUUGUGUAGUCUGAACUACCUCUUAUCAAAUUACCCUUUUAUCUAG